AUGCCUCCACGUCGACAAUUGACAAUUGAAGAGAGAGACAGGGCCAUAGGCUGGUUGAAUGAGGGUGUUUCCUUGCGAGAAGCUGCAAGAAAGCUAAAUGUGACCCCAUCUGUUAUUCACAGACUAUCCCAGUGCUUCAGAGAAACCCAUAUAGUACAUGAUGGCAGACCCAGGUCAGGUUGUCCACGUGUCACAACUCCUGCUGAGGACCGUAACCUCCUCAUCUCAGCCCUUCGUAACCGAACCGUAACUGCCAAUUCCCUACGUAGGACCCUCAGAGCAGCAACUCAUACCGAUGCGAGUGAUCAGACUGUGCGGAACCUUCUGAGGGCCAGAAAUGUCAGGCCUAGGCGCCAGGCUAGUCCUUCUCCCAUACCACAUAACUGCUCGUUGAGACUGGGCUGGACAGCACAUUCGUUGGACACGUCGACAGUGGUCUUCUGUCGUCUUCACAGAUGA